GCUCCUUCGAGUCAACUCGUCGUAUUUGUCUUGAAGAGGGGAGUUACGACAAUGCUCGUCCAUUGUUGUCUCCUGCAACCAUGUGUUGCUGAGACGAUAGAUCAGUAAGAUUGUUAUCAUUUUUUGCUGAUCAAACACGGCAUUUUCCCGGUGAGUAGAAUAUUGAAGCCCUUCCAAUGGAUAUCAAGUGUAGUCUGUAUAACUCUCUUGAACUGCGGACACGAUGAGGAUGCACAAUACGAUGGACAUCGAUGGCACUUAAACGGUUGAUCUGACAUAAAUCAGUACAGUCUCGUAAGGCGACUCAGACUUGGAGGGCAUUGUGAUGGAGUUUGACCUACCAGCGACAUGUCAAUCAACAUCUGAGGGGGUUGGGGGUUUAAAUGUUCACUGGCCUGGCAUUGAACGCCACAAAGAUGUCGCGUCGCGUCGCGUCACCGUCACGGUGCUGUGACCAAUGGUGUUUCUAUUUCAGCGCGUAGUAGCGACAGUAGCGCCUUGUUGCUGGUCUUGUUUCUCCUUAUCCACGUCUACUACCCUCUUCCAAACAUGCAGCCCACUCUGCAUCAAUUUUUGCACGGUACAAGGGACGAGAGUUCUCCGGAUGAGCUCGACUUACUUACCCCUACUUCUUCAAAUACCCUUGUUGGAUCCCCCUUCCCCGAUGAGCAGUUUGACGCGUCGAAAACGCGUCGCAGCCUUAGGCCUCGCAUUUCCACAGCAUCAGAGCCUACCCCCAAAAAGAAGAACAAGAAACGGAAACAGGCCCAACUCAAACUGGUUGCGGACGAGGAGCCUGAAGGGAAACGCAUUAAACUAGCAGUGAAUAGACUAUUUCCCUUUUCGUUGAUUCUACAAGCUCACCAAAAUAUCCAGCAUACCAUAGUUAUCAAUAAAAAGCGAGUAUCUAUCGAUGCCGCGCGACGAAGGUGGUUGCACCGUCACAGACACCUAUUUAUGCCCCUCCUCCCUGAAUCGAGUUCGUUCUUCGAAAACCUCGAACGGGAAGUCGGUAACAGCACGGAUGAGGGCGUAUAUGUGCCCAUGCACCAACUUGAUGAACAACCCCUGCUUAUUAAAGGUGGCCAAAUGAAGGAUUAUCAGCUGCAAGGUCUAUCGUUUUUGACCUGGAUGCACAGGAAUGGGAUGAAUUGCAUUCUUGGAGAUGAGAUGGGUCUGGGAAAGACUCUCCAGACGUUGUCAUUAUUCGCCCAUAUCAAGGAGGAAACCACAGAUCCCCAUCUGAUUAUCUGUCCUCUAUCUGUGCUGUCGUCCUGGAACAAUGAAAUUGCUCAUUGGGUUCCAUCUUUGCGGGUGAUCCAAUUUCAUGGACAAGUCGCCGAGCGUGCUCGUCUAAAAGCUGAAAUUCACAAUGCCGGCCGAUUCGACAUAUGCUUGACGACAUACGAACAAUAUGUGACGGAGCAAUCAUGGUUCAAGAGCCGACGGUGGACUUACGUGGUCCUCGACGAAGGACACAAGAUCAAAAAUUGGGAGACAGAUAUCGCUCGAAGCAUACAGGGAAUUGGCGCGCUGCAUCGGCUCAUUUUAACAGGUACUCCCGUCCAGAACAACCUCAUCGAGCUAUGGGGCCUUUUGCACUUCCUCUAUCCGACACUCUUCACUCCAGCCACUCUCCGAGGCUUCCGUGACUCAUUCGAUAUGACUCGAGGUUCCUAUGCGACGGACUUCUUGAACGGAGCUCAUGAUUUGCUGAACGUCAUCAUGCUUCGGCGAACGAAGGCUAAUGUCGUGCUGAACGUCCCUCCAAGAGAGGAGACUACGAUGUUCAUUCCUAUGAGUGAAGCCCAGCGAUUCUGGUAUUACCGACUCCUAAUGCGGAUGGACUCUGCUGAGAUGAUGCGAGUCUUCAACGGCAAAGACGAACAGACUGAAAGUUCGUCCGUACUCGACGUCGAGAAGACCGUGGGCGCCGAGGAAGGUCAAGGCCAUGAUCGAAAACAGCUUGUGAAGGAAUAUAUUCAGUCUCGCGUAGAAGAAAGUAAAGGGUCUGAGGGUAACAGUUGGAAGAAGCUCAUGAACCUCCUCAUGCAGUUGCGGAAAGUUUGCGACCAUCCGUACAUGUUACCCAAUGCCGAGCCCACUCCUUACUCGAUAGGCGAACACGUCGUAGCUUCGUCGUCGAAACUCAUUUUUCUUGAUAAGCUCUUGAAAGAUAUCUUGCCCAAAGGCGAACGCGUUCUCAUUUUCUCACAAUGGACCAGCAUGCUUGAUCUACUAGAAGACUUCAUGGCUCUUCGUGAUAUACCCUAUGCUAGACUAGAUGGAUCAACUACGCGACCUCGUAGAACCCUAGACAUCAAACUCUUCCAACAAGAAAAGUCUCCCUACAAAGUUUUCCUUGUCUCUACGAAGGCUGGUGGCUUAGGAAUUAACCUCACGAAGGCCUCCACGGUAAUCAUGUUUGACUCGGACUGGAACCCACAGAACGAUCUUCAAGCAAUUGCCAGAGCUCAUCGUAUAGGCCAGACCAAGGUGGUCAAGGUGUAUCGUCUCAUCGUUCAAGGUAGCGUCGAAGACCAAAUGUUGGAUCGCCUCCGUCGCAAGCUUUUCCUAUCGCUAAAGAUUAUGGGAGGCUCGGACAACACCCUAGCUUCGUCUAACUCCAAUUCUGGUUCGGAUACAGGCCCUCAACUUGGGCUUUCAGAACUCAUGUCGAUUCUGCGACGAGGUUCGAGUGCUCUGGCAACUGGUGACGGAGGAGCAGAUGCGACCGGCUUCAUGAACCUGUCGGAAUUCCUUGAUGCGCCCAUUGAGAACAUUCUACAGCUCUCCAAGGAGCGAGAGAGUGCACGAAUGAUGAAGAUGAAAGUCGACAUGGGCGAGGAUUCUCUUGACACUACCGGCGAAGCCGAUGCCACCAAGAAUAAGGAAGAACUCCUUCGAUCCGCUGAAGAAGAGGAGCGUCGAUUAUUGAGCGGAGUGGCCCAGGUUCACAGUCGUCUAUUCGAGGGCAAAAUCAUCAAUCGUAGCCUGCCGAGCAACUCGCAGAUUGCUUCAGAGUGGCAGGAAGUUCAGAAAAAAGCAAAGCGUGCAGGGCAAGUCACCGCAGAUGCAGAUGGUGCUAACGAGCAUGUUGUCGAGGUGGAUGGCCGGAAAAUCGAGGCUGCCCUCAUUGGUCCAGAGGCGGUGAGUGACACUACACAAUCCCUCGAGACGGUUUCUCAUGCACGUGCUCUGCUUCAGCAUGUACCGGUGGUCGUUAUGCAGUCGGCAUCGACACCGUUAAAGACAAAGAAAAAAAAGUUCGAUCAUGAGGAUUGGUGCAUAUACUGCCGUGAUGGUGGAGAAUUAGUGCUCUGUUCGCACUGUCCCAGAGUGUUCCAUGCUGAUUGUCAUGGCGUGACCAAGAAAGAAGUUGCGAAGGCUUCUUUUAUUACUUGCAGUCAACAUGUCUGUACGACAUGCGGACGAUCGACCACUGACGCCGGUGGUAUGCUGUUCCGCUGUCAGACGUGCCCUCAGGGUUUUUGUGAAGAUUGUCUUCCGUUUGGUGACAUCGAAGCGGUCGGUGCCACACUUCCAGAACUCUUGCUUGUGGGAUAUGGCGAAAAAGCCAGCGCGUACUACAUCCGAUGCCACGAUUGCUUAAAACUGUUUGCAGAACAGCCUAAGAUUUGGAAAUCGUGGCAGAAAGAUAUGCGAGAGACCGAAAAAAGGCUGAACCAGUUGGAUAUGCUAUAAGCCAGUCUGAUAUAAUUAUUCCGCCUGUUUGGCAUCCAUUGACCGAUUCUUGUUUUUCUUCCUAUUCUCGUCGUCCUAGAUUUCUUGUAUUUAGCAGCAUCUUGUAGGUCCAACUGAUAUGUACACUAGAUGGUCCCCGUAAUCUCAGUCUGUUUUGUUGGUAGAGCGCAUGGAGCGAACGAGCUUCCUGAAUGCUGCUUAAUGUGUCGAAUCCGUGGGUCAAAGAACGGUGGAGCAGGCCAAAGACGCGAACAGAUAAGCAUUCAUUAACACUUGCUAGAACAGCACAAGCCGUGUAUCACUUCGAAUGUGAAGCGAUAAAAAGAUAGCAGAAGACUGGGAGCGAAGUGAUUCGUUUCGAACUUCAACGAUUGGAGGCACUUAUUCACAGACAAAAAAAAGUAAUCUCUAGUAC